CGUGACAGCGACAUACCGGAAAAGGGAAGAGAGAAGAGGGCCGGGUGGGGGGCGUCUUGACUUAAACGCCCGGCAUCACGAAGGCUACAAAUCACACCGGCGAGUCACUAUUCACUCCAUCUAUUCUGCGGCAUCGUCUGUCAGCUCGGGGCGCCAUGAAGAUUUGGACAUCGGAACACAUUUUCAAUCACCCAUGGGAGACGGUGACCAAGGCUGCUAUGCAGAAGUACCCCAAUCCCAUGAAUACCAGCGUGAUCGGGGUGGAUGUUUUGGACCGCUGCGUCGACCCGCAUGGGCGCCUCCACAGCAAAAGGCUUCUCAGCACAGAGUGGGGUCUUCCAUCUAUCGUCAAAUCUCUCAUUGGCAACACGCGGUCGUGCACGUACAUUGAGGAGCACUCGGUGGUCGAUCCCCAACAGAAGAGUUUUGAGCUCCAGUCUUCAAACAUCACUUUCACCAACAUGGUGUCAGUGGACGAGAAGUUGACCUACAAACCUCACCCAGACGACGCUGACAAAACAAUCCUGACACAAGAAGCCAUCAUCUCUGUAAAGGGUGUGAGUCUCAGCAGCUACCUGGAGGGCAUUUUAGCAAGCUCGAUCUCCACCAACGCAGGAAAGGGCCGUGAAGCCAUGGAGUGGGUGAUCAGGCGACUUAACACCGAAAUCGAAGAGCUGGCGGCGACGGCGCGUGGGACGAUACGCAGCACCCCCAUGGCGGCCGCCGCCAUUUCUGACCAAUGACACAUGCUGUCUCCUAUUUGUCCGCCAAAGAUGCUGAUCUGGUGCUCUCAGGAGGCAGGGACACGUAGCAGAGCUAUCUGUGGACAAACCCAAGAAAAGGGUGCCAAGGUCUCACCACAGCCAGCAACAGGACUUCAUUUGACGGAUGGACCACAUUGUCUUGGUCACUGCCAUAUAUGGGCAGGCUUCCAAAUAUGACAUUCAUCAAUAGAAGUUGUUCCUAACAUGGAAGUGAUUUCCUAAAAGAAUGGUUCAUCACAGCAUAUUUUACUUUAGGGGUUUUUCUAUUAUUUUUUCUGGUGUUGGAAUCACAUUUUCCACACUUUUUUGAGACCUCAUUUUGAACAUUCUGUACAGGGCAUCAGUAGAUAAGCUUGAAGUAUAAUUUAUUGUAGCUGUUAUAGAAUAAAUAGUGGUAUGAAGGGAUCAUUAUGUUGAUGACGUGUUUAGAAGGUAAAAUGGUUACAUAGCAAAAUGUACAGUAAUGUAGGGGUUGCUGCAGUCUUCUCUUUUAUUUGCACUUCCAAACAGCGCAGUUAUGCACAUUCAGAAGGAGCCGAUGGAAUGUGGAGAUUUUCAUACUGUGAUAGGGGACUACUUUAUUUUUUUUGGUGUAUUUCUUUGAAUGUAAAGAAGGAUAUUUAUUCCAAACACAUACUGGAAAUUGUAACUUGCAAGGUUUCUGCAAAAAAAAUAAAUGGUCACAAUAA